AUGAGACUGAACAUUGCCAUAUUCUUUGGGGCUCUCUUUGGUGCUUUGGGAGUUUUACUCUUUUUGGUUGCUUUUGGAUCAGACUAUUGGCUUCUUGCAACUGAAGUGGGACGGUGUUCAGGUGAACAGAAUAUAGAGAACAUAACUUUUCACCAUGAAGGAUUCUUCUGGAGAUGUUGGUUUAAUGGGAUUGUGGAAGAAAAUGAUUCUAAUAUCUGGAAGUUCUGGUACACCAAUCAACCUCAAACAAAGAACUGCACCCAUGCUUACCUAUCUCCAUACCCUUACAUGAGAGGGGAGCACAAUUCUACCUCCUAUGACUCUGCACUCAUCUACCGUGGUUUUUGGGCAGCCCUCAUGCUGCUGGGAGUGGUAGCUGUGCUGAUUGCGAGCUUCUUCAUCAUCUGUGCUGCGCCCUUCGCCAGCCAUUUUCUCUACAAAGCUGGAGGAGGCGCCUAUAUCGCUGCAGGCAUCCUGUUCUCCCUGGUGGUGAUGCUAUAUGUUAUCUGGGUCCAGGCAGUGGCAGACAUGGAAAGCUACAAAAACAUGAAAAUGAAAGACUGCAUGGAUUUCACCCCAUCUGUUCUAUAUGGCUGGUCAUUCUUCCUGGCUCCAGCAGGAAUAUUUUUUUCUUUGUUAGCUGGUUUACUAUUUCUAGUUAUUGGACGACAUAUUCAGAUACAUCACUAG